AUGUUCUUCAUGAAUCAUUCAAACGCUUCUUUUAAUCAGACAUUCGACUGGGACUCCGGGGCGACCAUCCAGACCAUCAUCUCCUUUACAACCGUCGCUGUUAACGGCUUUGCGCUGGGAUUGUUGAUCCAAGUUCACAUGCACCACAACGCUCCCUUUAAUAUUUAUCUCAUGCACCUGCUGUUGGCUAACAUCUACUUGACUCUGCCGGACGCUUGCCGCAUCAUGGGUUACAUAAACUACCCCGGUUACUUCGGCUCGGUGUGGUGUCGUCUGGCGAUGUACAGCGAUGAAAUCGGCAGCGCCAUGGUAAAGCACGCGCACCUCCUUAUCAGUGUCAAUCGCAUCUGGGCGCUGAUUUUCCCUGUCUCCUAUCGCAACUGCCACACGACGACGGUGGCGCUAUUGAUUUGCGCGAGCGCUGUUGUCUGCUGUCACGUGGUGUUACUACCGCUCUUAAUUCGCGAUUAUCUGUUUUAUCAGUACCCGGAGAGCGCCGGGAUCUGCGAUACGAAUGAUGUGGCGCAGAGCGUGUAUUCCUUUUCCGUGUACGUUAUCUGCUUUAUGUUUCCGAAUGUGUUCAUGUACGUCUCAUAUCCGUUUCUCUGCUGGAAAUACCGCCAUGGUCGCCGCGUCUUCGUGCAUUUUGCGGUAUCAUAUGCGAAGAGCACGACGACAUCGGGGGGAAGUCGACGGCAUUCGGAAAGGUCACCGCCAAGCCUGGCAAAGGAUCAUCAGCGUGGUUUCAGGGUGCUGGCGGUGUUGACGGUGACGAUCUUCGUGUGCUGGACGCCAUCGAUGGUUCGACAAGUUCUGUUGAGAGUCUGCGGUUUCGGCUUUGAUCUUCUGCAGCGGAUCGGCGACACCUUGUAUGCGGUGCAAGGGAUCCUGGAUCCAGUAUUAUUCGCCUUGGUGUUAGGAGAUCUGCGCAAAAGAUUCACGCAACUGUUUAAAUGCAACUGA